CCUCCUCCCCUCAUCAUGUCUCUUCCCCGCCGACCGACGCGGACACAGUCUCGACGACUGCUGUCGUCGAUGUCCCUGGUUUUCCUCGCAUUCCUCGCACUCAUUCUCUUGUGCCCCGUUUCUGUGAACGCCGACGAUGAGAAGGCGAAGUACGGCCCGGUGAUUGGUAUUGAUUUGGGUACUACCUACUCCUGUGUUGGUGUUCAGCGCGGUGGACGCGUCGAGAUCAUUGCAAACGACCAGGGUCACCGUAUCACACCCUCAUGGGUCGGGUUCUCGGACGACGAACGACUUGUCGGUGACAGCGCGAAGAACGCCUUCCACUCUAACCCGGAGAACACGGUGUUCGAUGCCAAACGGUUGAUUGGUCGCAAGUUCGAUGACCCUGAAGUCGCGCGCGACCAGAAGCACUGGCCCUUCAAGAUCAUCAACAAGGGCGGGAAGCCGAGUAUCCAGGUGAAGUACCGCGGCGAGACCCGCGACUUCACUCCGGAGGAAAUUUCGGCUAUGGUCCUGGGCAAGAUGAAGGAGACGGCCGAGGCGUACCUUGGCCGUCAGGUCACCCAUGCCGUCGUCACUGUCCCCGCCUACUUCAAUGACGCUCAGCGUCAGGCGACGAAGGACGCCGGUACCAUCGCGGGCCUCCAGGUCCUUCGUAUCAUCAACGAGCCUACCGCGGCCGCGAUUGCCUACGGUCUCGACAAGAAGGGUGGGGAAUCUCAAAUCAUCGUCUACGAUCUCGGUGGUGGAACUUUCGAUGUGUCCCUCCUCUCCAUCGACGACGGUGUCUUCGAGGUCCUCGCGACUGCCGGCGACACUCACCUUGGUGGUGAGGACUUCGAUAACCGCGUCAUCGACUUCCUCGUGAAGCAGUACAAGAAGAAGAACGGCGCCGACGUCUCUGGCAACCUCCGUGCCUUGGGCAAGCUCAAGCGCGAAGUCGAGAAGGCCAAGCGCACCCUGUCGAGCCAGCAGUCCACCCGUAUCGAGAUCGAGGCGUUCGAGGGCGGUAACGACUUCUCGGAGACGCUCACGCGCGCGAAGUUCGAGGAGCUCAACAUGGACCUGUUCCGUAAGACGAUGAAGCCCGUCGAGCAGGUGCUCAAGGACGCGAACCUCAAGAAGGAGGACAUCGACGAGAUCGUCCUCGUCGGUGGUUCCACACGUAUCCCCAAGGUCCAGCAGCUCCUCAAGGAGUACUUCGGCAAGGAGCCCUCGAAGGGUAUCAACCCCGAUGAGGCCGUCGCGUACGGUGCUGCCGUCCAGGGUGGUAUCCUCGCUGGUGACGAGUCGCUCGGCGACGUCGUCCUGGUCGAUGUCAACGCCCUCACCCUCGGUAUUGAGACCACCGGCGGCGUUAUGACCAAGAUCAUCCCCCGUAACACCGUCAUCCCCACGCGCAAGAGCCAGAUCUUCUCGACCGCUGCCGACAACCAGCAGACCGUCCUCAUCCAGGUCUACGAGGGAGAGCGUUCCCUGACGAAGGACAACAACCUUCUUGGCAAGUUCGAGCUCACGAGCAUCCCUCCGGCGCCCCGUGGUGUCCCUCAGAUCGAGGUCACCUUCGAGGUCGACGCGAACGGUAUCAUGAAGAUCUCCGCUAUCGACAAGGGCACGGGCAAGUCGGAGUCCAUCACGAUCACGAACGAGAAGGGCCGUCUGUCGCCGGAGGAGAUCGAGCGGAUGGUGAAGGAGGCCGAGGAGUUCGCGGCGGAGGACGAGGCACAGCGGAAGCGCAUCGAGGCGCUCAACUCGCUGUCGUCCUUCGUGUACGGCCUCAAGACGCAGCUCGCCGACCAGGAAGGUCUUGGCGGAAAGCUCGAGGACGAGGACAAGAAGGCGAUCCUCGAUGCGGUCAAGGAGACGACCGACUGGAUCGACGAGAACGGUCAGUCCGCGACGGCGGAGGACCUCGAGGAGAAGCUCUCGGAGGUGCAGAGCAUCGUGACGCCGAUCACGAGCAAGCUUUACACGAGCAGUGGCUCGAACGAUGAGGACGACGACCCCUUCCGGUCGCACGACGAGCUCUGAUGCAUCCCUUUGUUCUGUGUUUUUGUUACUUUGGAGCAAAAUAAUUUACACGCCUUGUCAUUACAUACCACGCAAUAGACUGGGGCUUCACGACACAUCAUUC